AUGGUUCCAUUCAAGCUUCUAAAGGAUAGAGCGGUCUGGGGUGCCUUGGGAAUUGCUGUCAUGUUGAACACCGCAUGGGCUCUUCAAAGUGAAUAUCUAUACACAGUUCUCAUUGUUAGCUUUGGUGAGAGUAUUACAAGCGCAACGAGGAUAAGGUCCCUUUAUAGCUUUGCCAGUGUUCUCACUGGAUCCAUUCUAGGCCUUGUAGUCUACAAGGUCAGGCGACUCAAGCCAUUCAUCGUUGGAGGUACAUUGUUGUUCAUGGUGGCCUAUGGUAUCCUGAUCUACUACCGCGGAGGGCCCACAUCGUCAAGUCAUUCGGGGAUAAUUGGCGCCCAGAUCCUUUUGGGGAUUGCUGGAGGAUUGUUUCCUUACCCUGCGCAAGCCAGCAUCCAAGCUGCCACCAAGCAUGAGCACUUGGCCGUCGUCACCGGAUUAUUUCUAGCCUGCUACAAUAUCGGCACCGCAAUCGGAGGAAGCAUUUCUGGAGCCGUCUGGACCCAAGUUCUCCCCGGAGAGCUAAACAGUAGACUCGGUAACGCCACAAUGGCAGCUCAAGCGUAUAAGGAUCCGUUCACACUCAGUGCUACUUACCCAAUUGGGACCCCGGACCGUGAUGCCGUGGUAGCUGCUUACAAGCAUACGCAGAGGCUGUUGUGCAUUACCGGCAUUUGCUUGACCGUGCCGCUGGUUGCAUUUUCCCUCUGCACCCGCAACUUGGUUUUGACGAAAGAGCAAAGUUUUGCACAUGCGGAAGAGGAUACUGAUGAAGCUUGA